AUUAUAUAACAAUGAGAAGAAAGCUUAUAUAAGAUAUCACAGAUGAUCCAAAGCUCACUUGCUUGUUUAACAUAAAGAGGAUGGCGCCCAACUCAUCUCUCAACGGAAAAAUCGAGAUGAGUAAGGGUGAAGCCAAAGCAGUCCCGGACAAGGUAAAAUUGACCCUCGAAAUAGGAGAUACGCCGGAGAUACGAUCAUUCAGAACUUCCCUACCGCAAGUACUAGCAAUAAUGGCUCAAAGUAUGCUGUUGUUAUCUCUCGGUAUGAUGGUUUUUUCAUCAACUGUUAUAAUAGGGGCAUUGAAAAACGCACCAACUGGACUAUCUUUAACAGAUUAUGAAGCAUCUUGGCUGGCUGGUGUUCUUUUAAUUGUACAACCGACCGGGAGCAUUCUUUCCGGUUUCAUCCAGAACACCCUCGGCAGAAAGAAGUGCAUGUUGAUGGCCAACGUGCCCCAGCUGUUCGGGUGGAUGCUCGUCUACCACGCCCAAUCAGUCCCGAUGCUAUUCGUCGCUUCAGCCCUUAUGGGAUUCAGCAUAGGUUUUAUGGAGGUGCCCUCUUUCAGCUAUGUGGGCGAAAUAUCACAGACACAUCUCAGAGGAAUGCUAGCCUCUUUUACGAGCGUUUACAUCUCGGUCGGUCUCCUUAUUAUGUGCCUGUUAAAAUCCUUCACGGAUUGGAGGACAGCUGCUGCUAUAAGCUCUUCAUUUCCGGUCAUCACAUUCAUCGCCAUACUACAGGUUCCUGAAUCACCUGUGUGGCUGUUGACAAAAGGAAGGCGCGAAGAGGCAAUGGCUUCGUUGGCAUGGCUGAGGGGGUGGGUUAAGCAAGAGGUCGUACUGAAGGAAUUCAGAGGAAUGGAAGCUCAUGCGGAAGCUUCGAAGCUAAACAGCCCCAUCACGACCCCAAUCACACCACCCGCCCUUGCUUACUCACCAGUCCCAACUAAUGAGGGAGGUCUUGUGAUAGAAGAUUACAAACCAACCUUCUCGGAGAAAAUGAAGGAUUUGGUCAGGCCAGAGAUGCUAAAGCCGUUGGGCUUGGUUGUUUGUUAUUUCGGUUUUCUGCACUGUUGUGCUUUAAACGGAUGCAGACCGUACUUGGUCCACGUUUUCACAAAACUCGGAGUACCUCUUGACCCUUUCGUCGGCACGGUGUUUGCCGCAUCGAGCCAAAUUCUGGGAAGUUUUAUUUGUAUGGGAAGUGUUCGAAAACUCGGGAAACGAGGGCUUUCUCUGAUUUCAAUCACGGCCUGUUCACUAAUUACUCUCUGUCUCGGAGUCUACGCUUUCCUGAGGGAAACAAGGCAGCUCGAUCUCGGAAUCUUUCCUCUCGUCCUAUUUUCGCUACUCUUUUUCUGCACGAACGUCGGGGUUGGGGUCAUCCCCUGGACUCUUCUAGGAGAAGUGUUUCCAGCUAGGGGGCGAGGAUUUGGCGGAGGAAUAGCUGCUGCAUCAUACUACGUGUGGUACUUCAUAGUUUCCAAGACAUUUCUUGAAUUGGACUUUUAUCUCGGCCUGUACGGGGUCUUCUUCUUAUACAGCGCACUUGGUUUCUGCGGACUGCUUUUCCUCUCCAUCUACCUUCCAGAAACCGAGGGCAAGAAGCUGGAAGAUAUCGAAAAGUUUUUUAUCCCGAAGUCGAGACGCACAGAGUCACAAAAGUAGACCUUCUCACUAAGCUCAAGACUGUUUCACGCAAAAUUACUUCAACGACUACAAAUAUUCAAUUGUACAUUAAACCAACAGAUUGGUGGUAAAAGUGAAAAUGCACAUUGUUAUGCUUUGGUAAGCAUGAAAUAAAAGUUUGUUUUUUUAUGACACACUCACUCUAUUAUUGUUUAGGGAAACGUCUUUUAUAUUUUUAUUUAUUGUCAUAAAAACCCUUUUACAAAAAUUAUCGUUCUUUUCAAAUUUAGUUUUAACUAACCAAAUUGAUUUUAGAUGUUCGUUUCGAAUUUCCUUUGGCAAUUGUAUUUUAAAAGACAGAGUGUUUAUCUGUCAAAUAAAUCGAAUAGCUAUAAAUUUGCAUUUUGGUCCAGCAAGUUAUUUUUCGAAUAAGAGCUCCUAAAAUAGGUAUUAACUAAAAGAUUUUAUUAGUUUUAAAAAAUUUAUAGGAAACUAUUUAAAUUGUUAUUCAAUAUUAUAUACAUGACUAAUACAAAGUUGUAAUUUUUAAAACACAUAUAAAACAAGAAACCUUGUAUGAAAUUUCCAUAAUAAUAUAAAGUAAAUAGAAAUUGAAUUGUUAGACAAAAAGUAGGAAUGCACCUUUGAUUACAUUACUUAAAAAAAUUAAAGUUUUCAAUUUCCUA